AUUGUCUGCGGAAGGGGGCGGGAGGGCUGUACAUGAUCGAGGUCGUGCGCAUCUAGCCAAUUUGUAAGACGAUCCGCUGCUCCAAGCCAUCAGCCACCCUUAGCAUAGGGGCACACUCAUGCAUUCCUGUCAAGUCAUCUUGUGAAAGGCUGCCUGCUUCCAGCUCGGCUUGGAUGUGCAACCUUAAUAAAACUCACUGAGGUCUGGGAGAAAAUAGCAGAUCUGCUGCAGAUAGGGUAGGGGAAAGGGUCUAGAAUAUGUACACGCAGCUGACUCAGGCAGGCUCCACGCUGAACGGUCACACAGAGAGGAAACAAUAAAUCUCAGCUACUAUGCAAUAAAUAUCUCAAGGAAACUACCAUUAUAGUGAAAUAAAAAAAAAAACUAACAUUUUAGAACAAAGCUAACAAAUGGCUAGUUUUCUGUGAUUCUUUUUCAAAAGUUUUCUCUGAGGGGGAUAAAGUCAAACAAACAAGCAGUUUUACCUAAAAUAAAGACUAGUUUAAAGGUCAGAAGAAAGGAGCAAGUUUUUGCGAGAGGCACAGAAGGAGAGAGCUGGCAGUACAAUGACAGUUUUCCUUUCCUUUGCUUUCCUCGCUGCCAUUCUGACUCACAUAGGGUGCAGCAACCAGCGGCGAAGUCCAGAAAACGGUGGGAGAAGAUAUAACCGGAUUCAACAUGGGCAGUGUGCCUACACUUUCAUUCUUCCAGAACACGACGGGAACUGUCGUGAGAGUACGACAGACCAGUACAGCACAAACGCUCUGCAGAGAGAUGCUCCACACGUGGAACCGGAUUUCUCUUCCCAGAAACUUCAACAUCUGGAGCAUGUGAUGGAAAAUUAUACUCAGUGGCUGCAAAAAAUUGAGAAUUACAUUGUGGAAAAUAUGAAGUCGGAGAUGGCCCAGAUACAGCAGAAUGCAGUCCAGAACCACACGGCCACCAUGCUCGAGAUAGGAACCAGCCUUCUCUCUCAGACCGCAGAACAGACCAGAAAGCUGACAGAUGUUGAGACCCAGGUACUAAAUCAAACUUCUCGGCUUGAAAUACAACUGCUAGAGAAUUCAUUAUCAACAUACAAGCUAGAGAAGCAGCUUCUUCAACAGACAAAUGAAAUCUUAAAGAUUCAUGAGAAAAACAGUUUAUUAGAACAUAAAAUCUUAGAAAUGGAGGGAAAGCACAAGGAAGAGUUGGACACCUUAAAAGAAGAGAGAGAGAAUCUUCAAGUCUUGGUUACUCGUCAAACAUACAUUAUUCAGGAACUGGAGAAACAAUUGAACAGAGCCACCAACAAUAAUAGUGUCCUUCAGAAGCAGCAGCUGGAACUGAUGGAUACUGUGCAUAACCUCGUCAGCCUUUGCACUAAAGAAGUUUUACUAAAGGGAGGAAAAAAAGAGGAAGAGAAACCAUUUAGAGACUGUGCAGAUGUAUAUCAAGCUGGUUUUAAUAAAAGUGGAAUCUACACUAUUUAUAUUAAUAAUAUGCCAGAACCCAAAAAGGUAUUUUGCAAUAUGGAUCUUAAUGGGGGAGGUUGGACCGUAAUACAACAUCGCGAAGAUGGAAGUCUGGAUUUCCAAAGAGGUUGGAAAGAUUAUAAAAUGGGGUUUGGAAAUCCCUCCGGUGAAUACUGGCUGGGGAAUGAGUUUAUUUUUGCCAUAACCAGUCAGAGGCAGUACACACUAAGAAUCGAGCUAAUGGACUGGGAAGGAAACCGAGCCUAUUCACAAUACGACCGAUUCCACAUAGGAAAUGAAAAGCAAAACUACAGGCUUCAGGGUGCAUGGUAUGAAUGUCAUUCUGGCAUCUGUGGCAAACAGAGCAGCCUGAUCUUACAUGGUGCUGAUUUCAGCACUAAAGAUGCAGAUAAUGACAACUGUAUGUGCAAAUGUGCCCUCAUGCUAACAGGAGGCUGGUGGUUUGAUGCUUGUGGCCCAUCCAAUCUAAAUGGAAUGUUCUAUACUGCUGGACAAAACCAUGGAAAACUGAAUGGGAUAAAGUGGCACUACUUCAAAGGGCCCAGUUACUCCUUACGUUCCACAACUAUGAUGAUUCGACCUUUGGACUUUUGAAGGCAUAAUGUCGAAAGGAGUCAUAAAAGCAAAUCUGAAGCUACCAGAUAAGAAACUGCUUGAAAACUUCUGAAGCAAACAAUAUUGUCUCCCUUCCAGCCACAAGUGGCAUUUAUGUGAAGUCACCAAGGUUCUUGACUGUGGACUUGGAGCCUUUAGAGUUCACAAAAGUCUCUAGAUGGGAUUAAUUGUGUUCAUAAGUCUUGACUGUGGGGAAUGCCACUCACCAUCAUGUUUUAAAAAGGGAAGAAACUGCUCAGUUCACUGUGCUUCAAACUACUACUGGAUCUUAUUUUAGAACUAUGGUAGCCAGAUGAUAAAUAUGGUUAAUUUCAUAUAAAAACUGAAGAAGAAGAAGAAGAAGAAGAAGAAGAAGAAGAAGAAGAAGAAGAAGAAGAGGAGGAGGA